AAUGCACAUCUCUCUGGUUCAUUUUGAGUAAAAAUACAACAAAGACAAAAUGGAUCUACCUCACCGUCCAUCUCAAUCUCGCCGUCCACCCAACUCACCGUCGUCACAACCAAUCUUCCCCGACGAAAUCCUCACCGAAAUACUUUCACACCUCCCCGUAAAAUCUCUCAUACAAAUCAGAUCCGUUAGUAAAUUCUUCAACUCCCUCAUUUCCGAUCCCAUCUUCAUCAAAAUGCAACUUCACCGAUCUGCAGAAAACCCUCACCUCACACUCGUCUCCGGUAAAUCCGUAGCAGAAUUUCGUCUCGUAACUGUUCCAUUAACUCAGUUAGUCGAGAAUCCUCUCAUCACAUUUCCAGAUAACCCUCCUUCUUUUACUUCAUCGGUCAUGGAUCAGUGUUGGUUAGUUGGUUCUUGCAAUGGAUUACUUUGUUUUGCUCAUUAUUCUGCUCUCGAUCAUAGUUAUCGAGAUACCUGGCUCCGGGUUUAUAAUCCGGCCACAAAGAUAUUAUCUAAAAGAUUAGGCUAUUUUCAAGAUUAUUGUAAGGAUUGUCGUUAUUUCUUUUCUAGGUAUACAUUUGGUUAUGAUAAUUUAACUCGUACUUAUAAAGUGGUGGCGUUACGUUUGAUUGGUGACGGUACAACUAUUUUGAGAACCGAGGUGAAAGUUUUCAGGUUAGGUGAUAAUGUUUGGAGAUGUAUUGAAGGUUUUGAUGUUGCUCCUCUUCGGUUAACUCUUCCGAGUGAGAAUCACGGUGUUUAUUUGAAUGGUACUCUUUAUUGGUUGGCACUUCACAAUUGUUUUAAUGCUGUAAGGUUUUAUGAUAGCAGUGGAAUUACUAUUGAUCAAUUUGUGAUUAUUUCGCUUGAUUUGAGUACUGAGACACACACACAGUUGCUUCCUCCUCGGGGUUUCAAUGAAGUGCCUCACGUUGAGCCAACUAUAUGUGUUUUGUUGAAGUGUCUUUGUUUUUGUCAUGAUUUUAAGCAAACUCAUUUUGUUAUAUGGAAAAUGGAAGAACUCGGAGUUGAAGAGUCUUGGACUCAGUUGCUUAAAGUUAGUUAUCAGAAUCUUCAACCCAUAGUGUCAUGGUUGCCGUUGCACCUUUCUCAGAAUAGUAAUGCAUUGUUAUUAGCAAACAAGCAAAAUUGUCAAGCCAUUAUCUAUAAUUUGAAAGAUAAUAUAGUAGAGAGAACUACCAAUAAAGGAUGGUGGAUCUUUUGCAAGGAUUAUGUUGAAAGCUUGGUUUCAAUUUCUUGAAAAACCAUCUGGUGUUAUUGAUGGAACAUGGCAGCAUGCCAGGAACAUGGCGGAAUGCUAGGAAGAAAAAGAAUGGGGAUUGUUGGAACUAUAUGAACCUCAUGACGUCUCUUAAGGUUUCUUUUAAAACAUUUAUAGCAACUUUCUGUGAAAAUGAUAGAUAUGUAAAUGCGGGUUGAAAUCUCCAACUCUAUAUAUAUGUAAUUUAAGUACACAUUUUGAAGAACAAGAUCCAAUUCAAACAUCGUUGUAGUUUUACAAGUUCCAAUUAAUGAUACAUAAUCUAUGUUUGGAUA